AUUAGGAUUGGGAUAAAAUGGGAUUUUGUGCGGCCAUUCUUCUUCCUCACUCUCUCGCCGCCGGCGCCUCAUCCUCCAAUCGUCCCGACGAUACCCGCCAUCAUACCCGCCGGACCUCCAAGCUUUCCCUUCCUCUAUCCCCAAAUUAAAGUUUCAGCAGGAAUUGGAUUGCGCGGAAGCAGGCGUCGGGAACCCUGCAUAGAGUUGAGACUGGAAUGUGUGACCACAGCGCUGAUAGCUUGAAUAAUCCUCCUGCUGUCUCACAGGCUUCCUAUAUAUGCAAUAUUCUGUCGAUGGCUUGAUGCUUUGCCCAAUGGAUAUAUUACUGUUACAUUCUACACCUCAUUUUCCUAUCCAAAGAUGCGGGAGAUCAGCUGUGCUUGUAAGACAUUGUUGCCGCACUCUGAAUUUUAACUACACACCGAACUUCUCAAGACAAAGGGAAAAACUUGAGUUACCUAUUUCCAGAAACCGAAACAGAUCCUCAGGCGUAGCGUUGGCUUUGAACACCGACGGAUUCACAACCAACAAUGAUCAAGGCAACUUAAACGAAAACAACGCCUUUCUUGGCGGUACUCGUUUGGGAAGGAUUGCCGGCGCAGGUGGAAGGCAGCUACUUAGCAAACUGAACUCUGCUAGGAAGAACUUUCCCAUGAAGGUGUUCCUCCUACUGCUGGGGUUCUACACGGCGAAUGCUCUCGCCACGAUACUCGGGCAGACGGGCGACUGGGACGUACUCGUCGCCGGAAUCGUAGUUGCCGCCAUUGAAGGCAUAGGUAUGCUCAUGUACAGAAGGCCCAUCUCUAAGGGGAGAUUGCAGAGUCUUGUGGUGAUGAUAAACUACUGGAAAGCUGGAGUCUGCUUAGGCUUAUUUGUUGAUGCCUUUAAAUUGGGUAGUUGAGUUCUUUCUUUUUAACUUUUCAUAUAUAUUUAUUUAUUAAUAUAUGAACAUUUUAUUAUAGUU